CAGGACAUGGAGCAGCUGCAGCCAGCCUUACCUGACGUGUUCGAGGUUCGAUAUGGCAUGGUUACUGUUAGCGAUGGCAAGGGUAAACCACAGCCGACCAGACUACAGCUGGCAGGUAGUGGCUUUACACUACAGAAGGAGGAGCUGGUCUACGCCAUCCCGACAGACAUGUCCGAUCCGGCACCCGUCGAUGGAUCAAAGGAUAGAGACAUCGUGAUCGUCAGGAAUAAGGCUGGCCUCGGGCUUAGCAUAAAGGGCGGUGCUGAACAUAACCUACCGCUUCUCAUUUCUCGUAUAUUCAAAGAUGGAGCAGCUGAUGCAAUUAAUGGCGAGAGUGUCGAGUGUUUUACCCAUGAUGCAGCAGUGGAGCUGCUACGUCGCGCUGGCGACAGCGUCUUGCUCACUGUUCGUCACUACAAGGUGGCAGCACCGUUCCUCAAAAGCUCACCCAAGAAAAUCGACAGAUGUAUGGGAAAUUGUGACGACGUCAAACAGAAGUGCGGCGGACAUUCGUGCGGUAACAUGCCCAAGUUGGAGAAACACUGGACAGACGUACUAAAGCUCAACCUAUUAAUGGCCUACAUCACACGUUACAUGAUGGGCACAGACAAACUCAGGCCAAAUUCAUUCGAGGUGUUAGCAAUGGACUGCAGGAGUUCAGGAGUCGUGCACUGUGACGACACCAAUGCGCUGUCAGACUGGGUGAAGCAUAUAUCAAACAACAUCAUGGCUGCCAAUGUUCACCACAUAAAGAUGUUAAACCGGGCGCUUCCGGCACAAGAACAGAUCCUGUUCAUAGGCUGGGCGUGCGAACGCAUGCCGUCUACGAAGCACUGGCAGACGUGCGUGUGGCGCCCUCGCUUCAUCGUGCUCAAGGGCUGUGACGUCUGUUUUCUAGACAACCCUCCUUUGCAAAGGGAGGAUUGGUUGGACUGCGAGCCAAGCUAUAGAAUAGUGGACACAAUCUUUCAUAUUUAUAAGCGAAUGCUGACGCCUGGUAUAAAGGCGUCAGGCAAUUGUGUCAACCAGAUUGGGAGUAAAACGUUUGCGUGCAGUUAUCGUGAUAAGCCGGCCGGACUAACGCUUGACAUGACCAGUGGUUUCUCAUUAUUUGAUACGGAAUCGAAGCAAUACCUGUGGCGGUACAAAUUUUCACAACUGAAGGGUUCCUCAGACGAUGGCGAGACGAAAGUAAAGCUAAUGUUACAAGAAGGGAAACUCGUCGAAACCAGAGAGCUCGAGUGUGCCACCUUACAGAGCCUGUUGUUCUGUAUGAAUGCCUUCCUGACAGCCAAGCUUGCCGCUGUUGACCCAAGCUUCCUCAAGAGUUCCUAGGAUGCUACACAACUCAUAUUAUAUUCAUUUUGAACGGCCCCCCUCAAAUCACUGCCGAUCCGAUAUUCACCUACUACUGAACCAGCGAGAAGAGAAGAGUCAGAAGAUUCGACACAUUUUGAAGUGUCUACGUAUACAUUUACACUGAUAACCGCUGCGGAUAUCUGCCUUGCUACUAAGUUUAUUCGUGAACUGUUCCGUGUUGAUUGAUUGAUUGAUCGGUUGAUCGAUAUGUGACUAUGUGGCGGCCUCUUUUUCUGGCGCAUACUUUAUUGAUCUUAGCGUAAGAUCAGACGCUUCAAAUAAUGUAGCGGUGAGUCAAUAUAGUGCUGCCCCCUAUCGUCCUUCCGUUUGGAAUAUAAGUUGAUAAUAACGUCGGCGGUCCACAAGAGAGGGAUGCGAAAACGACAUCAACCCAAAUCUAAAUUAAUUCACGAGUAAUUCCUGCACACUCUCAUAACGCUCGAGGCCUGAGGUGAAGAGUUGUCGGCAAAUUCGAAUGAAAACAAAUAUGUAUUAAAACAGGGAAUGAUUUUUAACAGAGAUAUAAUAAUUAUAGUCUGUCAUACGCAGGGAAAAUAAUUUAUAGCAAGCGCAAAUAAAACAAAUAACUCGGGUGUGUUUUUUUCUAUCGAUGUCUGCAUCCUAAUUACUCAGAUAAUAUGUUAGAGGAUUUGCUUGAAAAUGCGACACGAACUCUGUGUGGUACUUUCCCCUUCUUGUUCUAUAGUCACUCUAAAACAAAUAUGUUUCUAUACUACGUGUAUGAUAUCAAACGUCAUUAUCAUCGCGCCUGCACAUUUAGCUCGUCCUUAUACUUUACUAUUGUCCUAAUAUUUUUAACUUGUAUAUAAGUUACACUGCACUUCACAGUUGCAUGCAGUGGUGUAAAUAUUUAUUUUAUGUACAAAAAAAGAUUUGCGUAAUAUAUCCGCGUGAUGCGUUAUAUCAUGUGUUUUGUUGAGAGUGAUAUUAGUUACUGGUGUUUGUAAACCUAAGUCUCAUAACAUUUCACAAGCGUAGGGGUACGCAUUCACAGCGCACGUGCUUUUACACCAUUGCGACUGAUUGUGUCAAUAUUACGCAUUCUAAAAAGCUCAAAAGUUAUCCCCAUUGCUUAAGCAAAUAUAAUUUGGUCUUUCGACCGCAUUUAAAUGAUAAUAAUUAAUUAAUUAUCCGCUGUCUGCAUACAUAGAUAAUUUAUAGCACGUGUGCAACGAAUGUUAUCAAUAAACGGGAGCUGGAGUGCACUGUGCGUGUACUAACUUACCGUCUUGCAUCCUAUCAACGUAAACAGACCGAUCGUAGACGAUACCAAUUGCAGGCCGGUUUACACUCGUGGUGUAUUUGACGACCGUGUACGUACCAUGUACACCGUCUCUACGGUGUGCUGGGUCUCGGUCUCGCUACGAUGAUUGGCACUUUUCCAAAACCGUUCCAAAAGGUCAAGCAAAGGUUAUAACUUUCCGAACUAGUAGGAUAUGUCGGAAUGGUUGAUCUAAAUUAUUAUAUAUCUAAAUCUUUUUGAUCUAAAGUUAUACGCACGUCAGUGGUUUAUAUAAGAAGGUUUUCGUGAGGGCGGGAUUAAGAGAACUACGUCACAUAUAACGAGGUUCUGAACAUCUGAUAGGAACAUCAACCUGAAGAAUGAACAUAUACUAUUAUGUCGUUAUACGUGUUGCUGGAACCUUUUUUGAUUUACAGAGGAACGAUGAUACCCUCAGUCUACCUGCCUCACGUGGCGGGUUGUAAUUAUUAGUAAUAAAGGUGCCAAAACUACGCAACGUAUGCUGUUUUUGGCAGGUUUCAUUUUUUAAA